GGAAAGGACUGUUGAUGGUCAGCGAGGAGAUGCUGUCAUCUACCGCUAACGGGGUUCAAAGACUUUGCCGUUGGCCGAUGCUGGGGUUUUGUCGUAUGCCGCCCCUGGUUCUGGUGCAGCUGCAUCUGUUGGGCAGAGGCCUCGACUGGUGUGGCUCCGAGGUUCAGUGUUGGCCAGGAGCUUGGAAGUUUGAUUGCUACCUGUGGGAUCAUGACCAAGGCUUGGGAGGAGAUAUGCAGUAUUUCCAACAAUGAAGGAGACAGUUUUCUUCUGAAAAAAGAUGAAGAUGUAGUAUAUGUGAUCUUCCCUUCGUUUCGAAACGAAGAUUUCAUUGUCUCAGAUAGCAAAUAUGGAGAGUGCAAUAUCCAGAAUGACAAAAUCUUCCCUGCUAGCCUAAAGGGUGAUGAUGAUAAUCCAGCUCUUGUUCACAAGGGAGCUCUCAACCGAUUCCGGCAUAUUCUGGAAAAUUCAGAAUUCAAGGCCAAGAUGCAAGGUUUUAAGGAACAAGUCAUUAUAUUUGUGGGCCAUUCCAUUGGAGGUGCAGUUGCUGCCCUGGCCACUCUCUCGUUUCUAGAAAAGCGGUCGAGAAACUCCAAUUUCUUUUGCAUUAAUUUUGGUGCUCCUUUGUUUGGAAAUGCCAUAAUUCGGGAGGCAGUUGGGCGUGAGGAUUGGUUGGGCAGAUUUUGUCAUGUUGUGUGCAAGUAUGAUAUUGUUCCCAGGAUGUACCUUGCACCAUAUGAAUCAAUUGCCAAGCCAUUGGGUGCAAUUGUACCUCACUGGCGGAGCAAAAUGGACGUUGACUGCGUUGCUGUACCACUUCUUUCUAUUUCGGAAGCUUGCAUGACUCUUCUUAACAAUGUCCUCAAGUGCACGUCUACUACAGCAAACAAUUACCCUGGAGAACCUGGUGAUAGAAGCCCGUUUGUACCCAUCGGUACUUAUAUGUUCUGUUCAACCCAUGGUGCAGCUUGUUUUGAGGACUCUGAAGCUGUCCUUAAGUUGCUGCAUUUCAGUAUGCAAAGCCAAGAAGCAAUAGCAUUCGAUCAAAUUGCAGGCACCUGUAUUUCAGAGCACACGGAUUAUGGCCAUAUGUUGAAAGGUAUCGAUCAAGCCUUGCUAAAUGCAAGACAGUUUACAAACUUCGUCUUAAACUCCUUUGAGAUGGGAAUAACUAAAUUACAGAAGAAACAAAAUCCUCCCCAAACAGAAAGACCAGCACCCAAAAUCAUCCCCAACACGAACACCAAAAACUUUUCAAUAAAGAGAAAUCAGCAAGAUAUGAACAUUGAAAAACUCAAUACGAAGUUAAGCGAGAACCAAAGUCAUAUGGCACAGGUGGAACAGUACAAAAUGCUUUGUAAGGGUAACAAAAUCGGCUAUUAUGAUGUUUUCAGACAGUCUGAUGCCAAGAGAGAUUUUUAUGUAGAUAUGGCCAGAAGAAAGUUGGGUACUUUCUGGGAUGACAUUGUUGAGAUGGAAGAGAAGCAUGUAUUGCCCAGUGACUUCCGAACCAGAAAUAAAUGGAUCAAAGCGGGCACUGCAUAUAGAAGGCUUGUAGAGCCUCUGGACAUUGCAGAGUACUAUCACAUAAGGAAGGGAAACAAAAGCUAUCUUUCAGAUGAGGUCCGACCGCAUCGUCACAUAGUUCUGGAGAAAUGGAUGAAAGAAAAAGAGCAAACUCGCACUGUUAGAGGAAAAAAGGGCCGCACAAAUUUUGCAUCCUUAAUUAACUGAGGACUCAGUAUUCUGGGCUCAUUUAGAAGAGGCUCGUAAAGCCUUAAUAAGUCUCCAACAAGAGCAAGACAAGAAAGCCCCUCUGCAAGAGAGUCUUGAGUUCGAAAAAUACGUAGGGAGUAUGAUCUCAGGAAAGACCGUAUCUGCUGAGGUAUUUUUGGAGCAGAGUAGCUUCAUGAAAUGGUGGGAACAAUACAGUGAUAUUCAACUUCAAUCCCCACAGUGGAGUUCAAGCUCUCCCUUGUUCAACGUUAUGCCCAAUGCGAGUUGGAAAUAAAAAGUGUAGAAGGGCUUUUGCCACACCGACGGAGAUGUCAUGAGCAUAUCUGAUUAGUAUCAGUUAUCUGAUAUGGGGGUUUGUGUUCUUAUUUUCAGGUUCAGUUUGUUUGGUAGAUGGACAUAAAACUUCUGCAUUAAAAUUUUUGUUCCUCAAAUGUGUUUUUUGUUUUCAACAAUCCUAUCAGAUCUUUGGAUUUGAUGUAUUGUUGGAAUGAGUUGAUUUGUAAGGGUUUUCUGUCAAAAUGUCUGUUACAUUCUAAAUAAUGUGUUGGAUGAUGUCACAUCUAUAUAGACUAUCUUUUUAUUUUGUUA